CCAAUCCUCUGUGUCACCAGUUUGUCAGAUGAGAACUUUGAACGUUGCUGCCACAUUCAGAGGUGGAUUGUUUGUUUGCUUUUUCUCUUUCAACGCAUUGUUGCCACUCAGCAGCUUGAGUAAUCUGCUCAAGAAUUUAUGCAACCACAUACACACACCACAGACACACACACACACACACACACACACUGAACUUUUGUCCGGACGCUGAGGGUCAGGUGCUUGUGAGCGCCUGUCUGGAUCACAAGGAGACAGAUUAGUGGAUCAGGAAUGUUUUCAGGGCUCUUCCCCCUCUUGCUCCUGCUCCUGGCCGUGUCUCCUCUGGCUCCGGCUCUGGACUCUGCACCAGAGAGCCCCGUCCAGCCGGAGGGAGAGGCCAGGACGCCAGAGAGCCCCGUCCAGCCGGAGGUAGAGGCCAGGACGCCACAGAGCCCCGUCCAGUCAGAUGGAGAGGUCAGGACGCCUGGCAAGCUGCUGGUGGUGCCCAUGGAUGGCAGCCACUGGGUGGGGUUAAAGGUCGUGGCCGAGGAGAUGGCCCGCAGGGGCCACAGCGUCCUGGUGGUUAUCCCAGAGGUCAGCAUGAGGCUGGGCCCAGGCGAACACUUCGAGACCCUCACCUAUCCGGUGCCGUACACCCAGGACUUGGUGAACGAGCUGCUGGAGGGCCACGCGCAGAACCUGCAGCCCAGCACAGGAUCCCUGCUGGAGAAGAUCAGAAAGGGCUGGACAAGGGUGAGUAGGUUGAGAAGCUUCUUGAUUGCCACCGCCGAGAGCCUGCUAUUCAACGAGGAGUUGGUGUCCUUUCUGAGGGAACAGGAGUUCGACGCGGUCCUCACGGACCCUUUGAUGCCCACUGGAGCCAUCCUGGCACACAAUUUCUCAGUGCCACCAGUCUACCUCCUCCGUGGCAUCCCAUGUGGACUGGAUCUGGUGGCGACGGCGUGCCCGAGUCCCCCGUCGUACGUGCCACGCUAUUUCUCACGCAACACAGACCACAUGAGCUUCGUCCAGCGCGUGGCCAACUUCCUGGUGGCCAUGGUGGAGCCUGUCUUCUGUAAGUUCCUGUUUUGGGAGUUUGAUGGUGUGGCAAGCCGCUUCAUGCACAAGGACAUUACCAUAGCAGAGAUUUUCACUAGUGCCCCCUUGUGGCUGCUGAGGUACGAUUUUACCAUGGAGCUGCCAAGGCCGCUGAUGCCCAACAUGGUGCUGAUUGGAGGGAUCAACUGCGCUGUGAAGAGGCCGCUGACCAAGGAGCUGGAGGAGUUUGUGGAGGGAUCUGGAGAACAUGGCAUCGUGGUCUUUACCCUGGGUUCGAUGGUGGAGUCUAUGCCAGCAGAGAAAGCUGCCAUCUUCUUCUCAGCCUUCAGCCAGAUUCCUCAGAGGGUUCUGUGGCGCUACUCCGGGCCUGUUCCAGACCAUGUCCCAGGAAAUGUCAAAGUGAUGAAGUGGCUGCCGCAGAAUGACCUUUUAGCCCAUCCCAAGGCCAGGGCCUUCAUCACUCACGGUGGGACUCACGGGAUCUACGAGGGAAUCUGCAACGGCGUUCCCAUGGUGAUGAUGCCACUCUUUGGUGACCAGAACGACAACGCUCACCGCGUAGCCCACCGCGGAGUGGCCGUGGUACUCAGCAUCUUUGAUGUGACUUCGGAAGCCCUUGUAGAUGCCCUGGAGAAGGUCAUCAAUGACAGCAGUUACAUGGAGAACAUGCAGAAGCUGUCGGCCAUACACAAUGACCGGCCCAUAGAACCCCUGGACCUCGCUGUUCAUUGGACGGAGUUCGUCAUGAGGCACAAAGGGGCGGACCAUCUGCGUCCAGCUGCCCACCACCUCAACUGGAUCCAGUACCACUCUUUGGAUGUGAUUGGCUUUCUGCUGGUCGUGGUAGCAACUGUUGUCGUGGUGAUGAUUACGUGCUGCGCGGUGUGUCUGCGGAGGUGCUGCAGAGGCUCUAAGAAGACAAAGAAGGAUUGACAGACCAGACAGACUCUACAAGCAUUAAGAGCUCUUCUGAAAACAUGCACUGGAUGUUCACAAUCACGUGGGACUACUACUGGGCCUGAGUUGCAUAGAAAUACAAACCUGUCAGCCAUAGCUGGUUUAUUUGAGGAGAUUACACACAACUGACUAGCUGUUUAAAACAACAAAUGUAAUGACAGACGGGCUGUGUAAUAUCAUGUAAUAUCGUGCACACUUUUUACCUGCUAACUCCCUUCAGGAGGCAGUAACCGGAAAAGUUGUGGGUUCAAUUCCCGGCUUUCAUGUUAACUGUUGACUUAACCCUGAGUUGCUCUGGGGAGAAUGGCCCUUGUAAUAUAAUUGGCAUAUGUAAGUCGCUUUGUCUGUUAAAUAAAUACAUGUAAAUUUAAACUUACUACUUUCUCAAGAUUCAUAUCUCUCUUUAAAGCUCGUCAACUACUCAGUGCUAUGGUGUCAGCCCCAUUUUUUGGCAACUCUUCGGAGGUCCCCAUCACAUAUGGAUGACAUCAGUUUUUAAUGUGAUGAUAUGUCUAUGCUAGCUACUAAAUGAAAGAUAAACCAAAACUAUAUUUAAGAUUAUGGUUUUUUUUUUUUUUUUAUCAAACAGGGUGCAGCGUAGGAGCUUGCACUAAAGCCUGCUCUGGUUUCUGAAUUAAGCUUUCUUCACAUAAAUGAUUGUUGACAUUGAAUCAAUGAAUCAAAACUGUCACACCACUGUCUUCCAUAUUGACACUGAUAUAGCUUGUGCCCAUUCUUCCAUCUUCCACCUGACCUGUUGCCAAAGCGAUGACUUCAUGUUUGGUGAUAUCACAGAAUUUGAUUUGGCUCAUAUUAUUAUAUGUGCAAUAUCCUACAGAUGACAUGGGCUAGCAAGCCAAAAGUGCUGUCAUGCAAUAUUCAAUUAGCUUCUCACAUCACAAGCCUUGAGACAAUGUAUAUUGUUAUUGGCACUAUAAACUGUAAAUAAAUAGAAUUCAAAUACUGUU